AUGGCGGCCUCCCAGCUGGCAGCUCUGGAGGAAGCUGGGGAGGGGGAUGCGGAGGAGGCACCCCUCAGCAGGGCAGACCCCAGCCUCCUGUACUCGGAGGGCCAGAGGCUGGCACUGGAAACCCUCCUGAGCGAUGGAGCGGGGGCCUUUGCCUCCUGCCUGCUCAGGGAGAAGCUCCCGCCCUUCCUGGCGGCUGAGGAGGUCCGGAGCCUAGAGACCCAGGUGGAGGACUGGACUGUUGAGGACCAGGACACCCCGAAGAACGAGAGAGGGGUUGAUGGCCCGGAGCAGGGGACCCUGACCUACUUCCCCACCCGCUCCGACGAUCCGCCCCCGGACCUGGGCUUGGGCUGGUCAGAGGCCCAGCCCUGGAAGGGAAUCACCCGAGCACGUCUCUACACCCAGCCCCCUGGGGAUGGGGACCCCUCCAUCAAGGAGCUGGUGAGGAAGGCCAUUCAGGAGGCCCGGAAGCUUGUCGCCGUGGUCAUGGACGUGUUCACGGACCCUGACCUCCUGCUGGACCUUCGAGAGGCCGCCAGCCGCCGAGGGGUGCCUGUCUACAUCCUCCUAGGCCACCGCCACCUCCCCGCCUUCCUGGCCCUGGCCCAGCAGCUGAGGAUGAACCCCCGGGCCAUGGAGAACCUGGAGGUCCGCGUCCUGAGAGGCUGUGACUUUCAGAGCAGGAGGAGGAAGCGCGUGACGGGGGACAUGAGAGAAAAGUUUGUGUUGGUAGAUGGAGACAGCGUCAUCACAGGCUCCUACAGCUUCACCUGGAGUGAUUCCCGCUUACACCGACACCUGGUGACCCUGAUGACCGGGGAGAUUCUGGAGGCCUUUGAUAGAGAAUUCCGCACGCUCUAUGCCACCUCCCAUCCGCUGGCCCCUUCCCCUUCCUCUGGCCCCUUCCUCAGCGUCCUGGAGGGGGUUCAGCUGGCCCGCAGCCCCCACCACAUUGCCCGCCGCCGCUCUGUUGCCCCCGUCCUCCUGCCCCCCCAGGACGAAGCACCCCAAUACCAUCUGAUCACCUUCCAGACCUCCAAGGACUCCAAGAGGCCCUCCCCCAGUGGGCCCGCCCUAAGUGAUAUCUUGAGGAAUAUGCAGAGGGUCCGGCCUGCCAAUGGCCCCUCUGCCCGGCCCAGCAGGUCCCUCUGGGACCUGAGCUGCCUCUCCCAGUUGUCGGAGUCCAGUGAUGGGGAUGGGCGACUGGGGAGAGAGCCAAAGAUUCCGUGGGCCACCCAAGACACACCCGCCAUGGCUCUGAUGAGGCAGCGAGGGGCCAGUGAGGACACCAGAGGCUUGGGGCGACGAUGGGCCAACCCCUCACGCCCCGUGGCCCCCGGGAGAUUCCACUACCCAUCCCACUCCUAUCGGAGGCUCGGGGAGGAUGCCGGGCAGCAAGGCCGUGGGCAGCUCAACUGGGCCAGCCAGGGUGCCAACCACUGA